AACAGCAAGGACAUGAAAUAAAGAAGUUUACCUUCCAAACAAGGCUCAUGAGCCUGACAGUUUUAGAACAAACAAGCUGAUAUGAUCUGAUGAAAGCCACCUGAACAGGUGAGCAGAGGUCAGGGAGAGCCAGCAGGCAGACAGGGUCCCAUCGUGUCUCGAGGUGAGCCGAGCCGCCCCCCCAUCACUGCCAAUGCUGGAUCUGGAGGUGGUGCCUGAGAGAUCACUUGGAAAUGAACAAUGGGAAUUUGCCUUAGGGAUGCCCUUUUCCCAGGCCGUCUCUAUCCUCCAGAAACACUGCCGCAUCAUCAAAAAUGUCCAGGUGCUAUACAGCGAACAGACGCCGCUCAGCCAUGACCUCAUACUGAACCUGACUCAGGAUGGGAUUAAACUGCUGUUUGAUGCCACCAACCAGAGACUCAAGGUGAUCGAAGUGUACGAUCUGAGCAAAGUCAAGUUGAAAUACUGUGGAGUCCAUUUCAACUCUCAGGCCAUCGCCCCCACAAUAGAGCAGAUAGACCAGUCAUUUGGAGCCACGCACCCUGGAGUUUACAACCCCGCAGAGCAGCUGUUCCACCUCAACUUUCGAGGACUGUCCUUCUCCUUCCAGCUGGACUCGUGGAACGAAGCUCCCAAAUACGAGAUUCCACAUGGAGCCAUGGUCAGAAGGAUGCACAUCUACACUGGGAACAACCUGCAGGAAACAAGAGCUCCUGCGAUGCCGCUGGCUUGUUUCUUCGGGAACAUCUUUGCAGAGUGCGUGGAUGUCCUGAGAGACGGAGCGGGCCCUCUGGGGCUUAAACUCCGCCUCAUCGUUGCAGGUUGUGGUCCAGGUGUGAUGGCAGAUGCUAAAGUCCGGUAUCUGGAGAGGAGCAUCUUCUUCGGAGAUUCCUGUCAGGAUGUUCUGGGUUCUCUGGGCUCGCCACAUAAAGUCUUCUAUAAGUCCGAGGACAAGAUGAAGAUCCACUCUCCGUCACCUCACAAGCAGGUGCCCUCCAAAUGUAACGACUACUUCUUCAACUACUUCACCCUUGGAGUGGACGUUCUGUUCGACUCAACCACUCACCUGGUGAAGAAGUUUGUCCUCCAUACGAACUACCCCGGGCAUUACAACUUCAACAUAUAUCAUCGAUGUGACUUCAAAAUUCCACUUGUCAUCAAAAAAGAAGGAACCGAUUCUCAAACUGAGGAUUGCAUCUUAACGACUUACAGCAAGUGGGAUCAGAUUCAAGAGUUGUUGGGUCAUCCGAUGGAAAAACCCGUGGUGCUCCACAGGUCUUCGUCGGCCAACAACACCAACCCGUUUGGUUCUACCUUCUGCUUCGGGCUCCAGAGGAUGAUUUUUGAGGUGAUGCAGAAUAACCACAUAGCCUCAGUGACCCUCUAUGGAGCUCCACGGACCACCAGUCAGGCCCGUCCUGAGUCCAGCGCCAGCUCCCACUGAACAAGACUCCAGAACCCAGUCCAGUUCUGACCCGAGUGAAGUUUGUAACCCAGAGCCAGAUGUUGACCUGUCCAGCUCAGAUGAAUCGGACCUGAUAACGGGUUUUGUGCUUUUGGAGCGUCAAGCUUCGUGCUCUAAAUUCUGUAUCCUGUUAAGAGUCCAGCCGACUAAUCCUGGGUCAGAGUCCACCCAGAACCACAAACUAAUCCUGGGUCACAGUCCACCCACAACCACGGAGACCGCAGGCCGGCGCCAUCCGUUGGCCAGGAUGAGAAGGAGCGGAGACCUUUCAUUUCCUUCAAUGCAAACCUCCUGGAUCGACGUUAAAACAGCCGCCGAGACCGGACCCACAAAACCAAGAUCUGAAUCCACAUCAGACUCCACACUGCCAGGCCAGCCGGUACCGCCCGUCUUCCUGUUUCGAACCAAGAACCUGACCUGUCCAGACCUUCUAAGAUCACAGAAACUUGUUCGGACCAGUGACCGGGCCGAGUCAGUCAAAGCCCUCUACGAUCCAAAACUUUCCCAAUCAUCCUCCCUGAUGAUCGCCUUCAUCCUCCUCCUCCUCCUCCUCCCAGUGAGGUCCAGAACCACAGACUCAACAACCCAGACGUGCUGCUGU